AUGGCGGCAUCUUCGUCUUCGGACGGUGUUGGGGCAGCAUCAGCCAAUGCUGCAUCUAGCAUCCGCGACCUCUCUGUACGCUUCGCCGACAAAGUGCAGAUCCACCUUCACCCUGCCUCCUCUCUACCGCCCUCGAUCGCGGGCGACUCGGACGCUGGGUCGUUGGGAGUCGCUCUCAUCUGGACGGUUGACUCUCUGCGGCUGCUGCGCAGCUACGGGUUGACGGGAAGCUUCACGGGCACGCUGGCUCAGUUUCCGCAGCAGAACAUCUUUUUGGGUUUGCCAGUGCAGCUGCUUCCUGAAGAGGUGGUGUACCUCCUCCGACGGGGGCUUGCGGUGGUAGUGGACGAAUCGGCGUCGUAUCGGCCCAGUACAGCUUUGGAGCGGGGCGAAGUCGAUGCGCGCACAGAAGAGGAUCGACGGGGACAGCAACUUGCAGCGUGGUACGAACGACAAACCCUGCGCGCCAAGCACUCACGCACUCCCCUCGCUACCGACCCUGUGGAGGGCGAGCUAGACGGUUUGCCUUGGCACUACACGAUCCCCACCACCUCGUCCGAUCUCGGCUGGUAUCAUCCAGUCACCUACACAACACUCUCCUCCCUACACCCACUAUGGCCGUUUCCAGCGACCGAGAGGCAGGUGGCAAGCGUGGCGUUGUUCGAGCAUCUGGUGGGCGAUCGUGGGUUGUGGUGUAUGAACGGCCUGCGUUUCGGUGGUGCCUUUGCAGUCUACCCGGGCGAUCCGCUUCGGUACCAUUCGCACUAUACGGCCCAGUUGGUUCUGCCAAGCGAGAGUGUCCCCAUGACGACCCUCGUCGCCAACGGUCGUUUGGGAACAGCAGUCAAAAAGACCCACCUCCUUUGCUGCACCACCUUUGAAGCGGAUUUCGACCCCAACGAUCCCGUCGAUGCACUCAGAAGUGGCAAGUUCGACACAGCUCCCAAGUCGGAUAAGGAACAGCAAAGCAACGACGGCAGAUUGGCCAAGUUCGAUGUGUUCAGUCUGGCUUGGGCGGGAUUCGGAACCUAA